AUGAAUGAUUUGGAACCAAUUGAUACUCAUUUACAACUUAGUUCAGAAGGUGACGUGAGAAAGUUGUUCGAAAAUUAUCAUAUUCAACAAAUUAAAGAUUUCAAUAUUUCAUUUAACAACCGUGUUCAUAAAGUUAAUGUCGAAUUUAAUAAUGAAUUGAAUGUUAAAUAUAAAGAUAUAUUAUCUGUAACAAAUGAAGUGAAUACAUUAUUUCAAAAACUGAAAUCUAUUGACUCCAAUUUCAAAGAACUUUGCUUUAAUGAUAACCUUUAUCAAUUAAGGAAAAUUCCAGAUCUAUCAUCAAUAGACGAUGGAUCAUCAACAAUAUCAUCAAAUAAGAACCGUGGCGGUAUGAAUAUUGAAAGUGAUAAACAGUUCAUAAACUCACAAUUAUUAUUAAAAAUAUCAAAUUGGUCCCUAUCAAUAUCGAAUUUCAUGACUAGAUUCCCAGUAUCUUCUAACCCUACAAUUUUAUUCAAUGAUAUGAUUACAAAUUUCAAUAUCUUGCGAGAUACAUGUGAUCUUUCUACACAAUCAUAUGAUACUAUUAUAUCGUGUAAAUGUAAGGAGUUUCAAAACUUCCUAAUUGAUUCGAUCAACUCAUCAAAAAUUGAUUUCCCUUUAAUUGAAUGGAUUAAAUUGUAUAAUUUAUUUUUUAACAUCUUACCAGACAGAUCACACAGUAAAAAACAAGGAUGCGAGCAUCAACCGCAUUCAAAUAAUCUCCAAAGAUGGUGGGACCAUGAUAAAGUAAACCAAUUGGAAUCAUUAAUUUUUAAUUCAAUCUUUCAAUAUGAUAUCGAUACAUUAUUACAACUAUCACCAUCGCCAAGUACGACUAUAGAUGAUGGAUAUGAGGGAAACAAUGAUAAUUUACUGAUUUCCAGUUUUAUUAAAAUGGAAAAAUUUGAGAAAAGGUUAAUUGGAAAGACAAUAGAUGACAUCAAAAAAUGUAUAGAAAAUAUCAAAGAUUCAACAGAAAAUGAACAUGCACAAGGAGGCAAAGAUAAUGCAAACUUAGAUAGUUCCACAGAUGAAAAUAUUAACAUAAUUAUUAAACAAUCAAAAUUAUUAUCAAUGGGGUUGAUUAAUGAUCAAAGGAUAAAGUUAUUUGAAAAUUCAAAACCAAUUAUUACAAUGAUUAAAAAUUUGAAAACAUACAAUUGUGAUUCGGCAAUCAUUAAAAAACUCAAGGAUGAAUUUACCCAAUUACUUCAAGAUUCCAUUCCAUCGAUUAAAUCUGUUGAGAAUAUUAUAUCAGAAGAAGUUCAUGACCAAGAAAUGGAAGAAAAGCAAGAAAGUAUCGGACUAAAGAAAAAUCAAACCUCAGAAUUUGAACAACAAAGUAUAAUCACAAAUGCUGAUAAACCAGAAGCAGAAGUUGAAUCGAAAGCAUUGCCAGAAAUCACCAAAGAGUUUCAAACCCAUCAAACGGAACUGAAGACAGCGGAGGGGAAAGAACCUGACGUUGUUGUGGAAGACGAAGAAGAUUCUGAGAGAUAUCCUGAUGAUAUUGUUCAAGAUGUUACAGAAGAAAAUAGCGGUGAUAAGCAAGACAUAGUUGAAAGUAUCCUCCCUUCCUUUGACAGCGAAAAUAUUGUUCUAAAACUUGUGUCUAAUUAUAAUGAUAUAAAUUUCAAAAAGUUCUUGGAAUCUCAACUUAAAGAAUUAUCCACUAUAUAA